GGAGCAAUGAGAAAAAAUCCAGAGGAAUUUGUAAUUACAGAUAGGAGAUCGAGUUGUAUCUCCAGUUGGCUGCCGUCCUGGUGUCCCACCUCACUCUCCCAUCUUAUGAAAUCAGAAGACAGAAUCCUGAAGCCCAUCAAAGUGAAGUUUACUCAAGGACAUGUUCCAAUUUCUUAUGGCAACUACAUUUGGACUCUGGGCUUUAAUGAAACAGAGAGCUCAUCUGACCUCUCAGCCUCUGGGGUUCAACACCUUCAGGUUCCUUUAGUGCUACUACAUGGUUUUGGGGGUGGAGUGGGUCUCUGGGUGAAAAACCUGUCUGCCCUUGCAGGGGAAGCAAGGCCCGUGUAUGCACUGGACAUGCUGGGUUUUGGACGCAGCAGUCGACCAACCUUUGGAAAGGAUGCCAAGGAUGCAGAGGACCAGUUUGUAGAAUCCUUGGAGGACUGGAGAAAGGCAGAAGGGUUGGAACAUAUAAUUCUCCUGGGCCAUGAUUUCGGAGGAUAUGUGUCUACUGCCUAUGCCCUGAAAUAUCCUCAUAGAUUGAAGCACUUGGUGUUGGUGGAGCCAUGGGGUUUUGCAGCAAGGCCAAAUGUUCAGGAGCGCUGGGUUCCCAUUUGGAUUAAAGCCUUGGGGACAGCAAUGAAUCCAUUCAAUCCUCUUGGUCCACUUAGGCUGGCCGGACCACUGGGUCCUUUGUUGGUGCAGCUUUUGCGAUCAGAUUUUAAACAAAAAUACGCUUCUGUAUUUGCCGACGACACUGUGGCUGAUUACAUAUACCAUGUGAAUGCACAAACGGCCAGUGGAGAGACAGCAUUUAAAAACAUGACAAUCCCAUAUGGAUGGCCUCAGCACCCCAUGAUGGACCGCGUGGAGAUGAUCAGUCCCUCUCUUUCCAUCACUUUCAUCUACGGAUCACGUUCUAGGAUUGAUGGCCAAUCAGGAAAAGCCAUUCAAGAAAUGAGACCUGACUCGCACACAAAUAUCAUAGUCAUCCAGGGUGCAGGUCACUACGUAUUUGCAGACCAAUCAGAAGACUUCAACCAGGCUGUGCUAAAGAUAUGCAAUAAUGAAUGCAUAAAGGAGAGAAAACAUGAGUCAGGUCAGGUGUGAAUUAAAGGAGGAUCAGAUGAAGGUGACAAGGCAGAUGCUUUAAAAGUACUACAUAAGAGGAAAAGGGGCCAGAAAAUAUGAAGGAAAGGAAGGAGAAAAAAUUGCAUGAUCAUUUAUGGCUUUCUACAA